GGGCUAUGGAGCCGCUUACGCGGGGACAGACUGUCAGGUGGUUGCCGAGCCGAAUCCUAUUCUAAGAACUCAGGCACUCAGGUAUCCACCAUGGUGUUGGGUCCUGAACAGAAGACACCAGAUGCCAACAAUAUCAUCAUGGAGACCCGCUCCGUUCAGAGGUCACUACCCUGGUGACUCAGGCUGUAAAUGAAAAUGGAUUUAUAACCACAGAGACCUCCCUCAUAUCUUAUUUCCAGUUCUAAGAUGAGCCAAGAUUAGCUACGAGUUUGGUUUCUAUAGCAGUAGUGUUUGUAAGGGCAGUGUUUUGCAGAUCUGGCAUAAAAGUCUCUAGAGUGCUUUGGCUGCACUUCAGAUAUGCAUGCAGCAGUAAAAUACUGAGCUAGCACCUUAUAUAGUGUAUUAGACUUGUUGAGUGCUUUGACUAAUCCUUCCUGAUUCUAAAUUUCUCCUUUAGAAUUUCCAUUCCUUUUCUGUAAAUUCAGUGCCACUUAAGGUGAGGGGGGUCAGUUCCCUAUAGAAAGAAAGCUUUUGAUUUUCUAAUUGGAGGUUGCAAAGGUUCCUUGGAAACCCUGAGAUUAGAGCUUUGUGGUUAGAAAUAACCAUUUGAUAGCUAUAACAAACUGGGUUUUGUAUCUAUCUGGUGGAUUAGCCCUUUACUCCCAGACCCUCCCCCCGCCCUGCAUUUAAAAUUAACUGCAAAAUGUAGGCCUCAAAACACUGAUGGUUAGUCUGAGAGGAGCCCUCCUAUCACCAGGGUGAUACCUUCCCCUCCCCAAGCUCUUCACUGCAGGCCUUAGUCAGGAGGCAGAGGGUUCCCGUUUGGUGGUUUCCCUGCAGCUUCAGAUUUUAGCGUGAAAUGUGGCAGGAUUUUGCAAUUUACCCAUUUUUGGAGAAGCCUGAUGGAGGUAUAACAUCCAAGGAUGAUUCUUUGAAAGAUGCUUCUGGAGACCAUGGGGACUCUGCCAGUCUUGGUGCCAUCAACCCUGCCUACAGUAACUCCUCUCUCUCGCAGUCCCCUGGGGGGCACUCAGAGGAGCCCUUCACCACCUACUUUGAUGAGAAGAUCGCCAUUCCUGAGGAGGAGUACUCUUGUUUUAGCUUUCGUAAACUCUGGGCUUUCACGGGACCGGGGUUUCUUAUGAGCAUUGCCUACCUGGAUCCAGGAAACAUUGAAUCUGAUUUGCAGUCUGGAGCAGUGGCUGGAUUUAAGUUGCUCUGGAUCCUUCUGUUGGCCACCAUCGUGGGGCUGCUGCUCCAGCGCCUUGCAGCCAGACUGGGAGUGGUCACUGGGCUGCAUCUUGCUGAAGUGUGUCACCGUCAGUAUCCCAGGGUUCCGCGAAUUAUCCUCUGGCUGAUGGUGGAGUUGGCUAUCAUUGGCUCAGAUAUGCAAGAAGUUAUUGGCUCAGCUAUUGCCAUCAAUCUCCUGUCUGUAGGAAGGAUUCCUCUAUGGGGUGGAGUUCUCAUCACCAUUGCAGAUACCUUUGUGUUUCUCUUUUUGGACAAAUACGGCUUGCGGAAGCUAGAAGCGUUUUUUGGUUUUCUCAUCACUGUUAUGGCCCUCACAUUUGGAUAUGAGUAUGUUACAGUGAAACCCAGCCAGACCCAAGUCCUCAAAGGCAUGUUCGUGCCAUCGUGUUCAGGCUGUCGUACCCCACAGGUCGAGCAGGCUGUGGGCAUCGUGGGUGCUGUUAUCAUGCCACACAACAUGUACCUGCAUUCUGCCUUAGUCAAGUCCAGACAGGUAGACCGAGCCAAUAAGCAGGAAGUCCGAGAAGCCAAUAAGUACUUUUUCAUUGAAUCCUGCAUUGCUCUCUUCGUUUCCUUUGUCAUCAACAUCUUUGUCGUCUCAGUCUUUGCCGAAGCAUUUUUUGAAAAAACCAACAAGCAGGUGGUUGAAGUCUGUACAAACAGCAGCAGUCCCCAUACUCACCUUUUUCCUGACGAUAACUCAACACUGGCUGUGGACAUCUACAAAGGGGGUGUUGUGCUGGGGUGUUACUUCGGGCCUGCCGCGCUCUACAUCUGGGCAGUGGGGAUUCUGGCUGCAGGGCAGAGCUCCACCAUGACAGGAACCUAUUCUGGCCAGUUCGUCAUGGAGGGAUUCCUGAACCUGAAGUGGUCACGCUUUGCCCGAGUGAUUCUGACCCGCUCUAUUGCUAUCAUCCCGACUCUGCUUGUUGCCGUCUUCCAGGACGUAGAGCAUCUAACAGGGAUGAAUGACUUCCUGAAUGUUCUUCAGAGCUUACAGCUUCCCUUUGCUCUCAUACCCAUCCUCACUUUUACGAGCUUGCGGCCGGUAAUGAGUGACUUUGCCAAUGGAAUAGGCUGGAGGCUCGCAGGCGGUGUCCUGGUCCUCAUCAUCUGUUCCAUCAACAUGUACUUUGUUGUGAUUUAUGUCCAGGAUCUAGGGCAUGUGGCAUUGUAUGUGGUGGCUGCUGUGGUCAGCGUAGCUUAUCUGAGCUUUGUGUUUUACUUGGGUUGGCAAUGUUUGAUUGCACUGGGCAUGUCCUUCCUGGACUGUGGGCACACGUACCAUCUGGGAUUGACAGUUCAGCCUGAACUCUACCUUCUGAACACCGUGGAUGCUGACUCACUUGUGUCUAGAUGACUGACAGCCUGAGAGACUAUAUAAGACCCACUUUCUCUUAGUCCUUUUGUGCCAAGUGUCCUGUAAACAUAUCUGUUAGUUCAGUGGUGAGUUUUGUUCAAACAUCCUGAACAAAAGGCAAAGAUUUCCUCAUGGGAACGGUGUUAAAAGCUAACAGCUGUAAGUGUAGGUCACAGACCCACCCACUUUGCAACAGUCCUAUAAUAGCCAGAGUUAAAUUUUUAGCCUAUGAUGGUCACACACCCCUAUGGGCUUGUGUCUUGACUUCUGGAAUUUAAAAAAUAUAUAUGUGUGUAUGUUUAUGUAAACC